AAACUCCGCGCACAAGCUAAUUCGGAGGCUGCUUGCACCAUGACGGGAUCCGGCGCGAUCGGGCUACAGCUGGUCCUGCUCCUGGCCCUUUGGGGUCCCCCGGAGGCUCAAACUUUAGAGACUACUGCUCCAUCAGAAAAUAUCAGUGAGAAAACUACAGGAAUUUCUACACCUAAACAAUCUUGGAAUUCCACAACUUUGGAAUUCUCCAGCACAGCAGGUCCUUCUUCCACCAUGGCAACUGAGAAGCUCCCUUUCUUGAAUGAGACCAUUAUCAUAGAGGGAUUUCCCAAAGUUUCUCAGACAAAAAGUAUCACAUUACACAGUCCAGCUGAACUUGAACUAAUGUGUAGUUUGGUCAUCAGCAACAGCACAAACACGGCAAAAAUGGAGACUGUUUGGAACUCACAAAAUGCAACUUUCAACCCGGAGACCAUCAGGAGGAAUGAAACUCACUCCAAAUGGUGCACUCGAUAUACGAUAAAAGUCAGAAACGAUGACCAGAUGAGGAAUUACACAUGUGUUUAUAAAACUACACCAGAAAUAAAAGCUACAUUUGUUUUACAAGUGCCUCAAGUCUAUGUAAAGUCUGAGAAUAUAAUCAGUUAUGUGGGUGACAUUGUGGUCUUGACUUGUGAUGUUGGCGAUGGGAAAACCGAAGUUAACCCAAGUUUUUGGAUCUGGUAUUCAAAUAAUGGAAGUGGAGAGGUGGUUAUUAAUUCUACCCUGAUGCCAGAGAAGUACAGCUUUAUCCAGACACCUGCAAACACAACCAAACUGAAGAUCUUUGAUCUCUCUGAAUUAGAUACCAGUUCUUACUGGUGCAAAGCUAGAUUUCCACUAGGUGAAAGCAAAGGAGAAGUGUCCCUCAAAGUCCUGACGUAUCUGGUACCUCUCAAACCAUUUCUUAUAAUAGCUGCUGAAGUUAUCGUUUUAGUAUCGCUUGUUUUUAUUUUUGAAGUGGUCUCCAAAAAGAAACAAGGGAAUACUGAAGUUGAAAAAGAAUUCGAACAAGUGGAAACAUUGAAAUCAGAAGACAGCAAUGGUGUGGAAAAUAGCACUACCCGACACAGGAAUGUCUAAAUCCCUUAUUAAAAGUG